CUUGCUGAAUCAUUUAGUCUAGAUGACGAACAAGAGGAUCCGUGCGAGGAAUUUCUGCAACGAUGCUGCACUGUAAAUGUUACUGUUCCUGCUAAACCGACUGAGCCACCCAAAGAAAUUUCUCGACCGCAACGCUUCCUAAACUCGGUUUUCACGGUGCCUUCACGUGUCGUAGGCUCGCUUUAUCUACUCGUUCAAGCGAGCCUCCAAAAAACUGACGCGCCACGAAAACAGAGAAGCGUGUCUUCACCGGAUUACACCGAUUUAGAUGAGAUUAUCGAAUUGCCACCUCCAUCUUGUGGCUCAAAUCGCAUUGGCCAGCUGGGCGAGUUUCCAUGGAUGGCAGCACUGUUUCAGCGUCGGACUGUUCUUGGCGUGGAAACCUCACAGUACAUCUGUGGUGGAUCUUUGAUUCACCCACAGGUCGUUCUGACGGCAGCACACUGUGUUAAGAACUUCACUAACGCGUUGGACGCGUUGGUGGUUCGAUUAGGAGAAUGGGACAUCGUAACGGAAAACGAGCCGCUGGAACAUCAGAAUCGAGCCGUUCGGAAAAUAAUUCUGCACGAAGACUUCCAGGUACAAAAUGUCCGCAACAAUUUGGCUUUGCUGAUCCUGGAUCAACAGGCUAGCCUGAACGUUCACAUCAAUCCGAUCUGCCUGCCAAAAGCCUACGACAACUUCGACGGCCAGCGGUGCAUGGUUUCCGGAUGGGACAGGAAGAACAUCCGCUCACAGAAAAAGCGCUCGGAAGUGCUGAAAAAGAUUGAAGUACCGGUGAUUUCGCGAAGCAAGUGCCAACAGCUUUUCCGGACCACCAGAUUGGGUCCAUACUUUCAUUUCCACAAAAGUUUCAUAUGUGCUGGUGGUGAAGCUGGCGUGACCAUGGCUAAGGGAGAUGGAGGUUCGCCGUUGGCAUGUCAACGCGAUGGGGUGUUUGUCCAGGUCGGACUGCUGGCUUGGGGAAUUUACGGUGAUGAGACGAACGUUACCGGGGCUUACGUAGAUGUUUCUAGAUUCGUAGAUUGGAUUAAGGAGAAAAUACAGGCAGAAGUAAUGUAGACUGCCAGACAGAAAUGAAGUUUUGAAAUAAAGCACUCAUUUUCUCCUU